ACUUGACACCCCAAGCAAGGCGGGCCAUCUAUUUUCGACCAUUUUGGGCUCAAAAGUGUCGCCCUAAAGGGCAUCCCCUAGGCCUCACCAGGUUGGGCCCGCCUUCGGUCUUCGUGAAACGUGUCGCCAAUUUUUUUUCGAAAAAUGGGGUGCAAAAGGCAACCCAAAUGUCGUGGGCCAUUUUUAUUAAAAAAGUAACGGCCUCGGGCACCUUUUGCGCAGCUCCGGUCCCCUCUGCGGAUGUCGACGGCCAGCGCGGCGCGCCUUUGUUUGGUGACUGUGUUGCCGCUCCAAGGCACCUCCCAGUUCUCUUUAGGUGGGCUCGCUGCGCUCAUUGUGUCGGUGUCUCUUUUCUUUUCCCAAAAUGGCGCAAAACGCCACCGGUGUCAUUUGCUGAUAGUUUCGUACUUGUUUGGCAGAGAAGCGCGCUCCUGUGUGUCUGA